AUGCUACUGAAUGCCAAGUACUUCAGAUCUGGGGGCGGCAGGACGUUCAAGUCAUUCCCGUCCAACAGACUGAAUGAUAAUGUUCCGAAACCACUAUUGAAGAAUACUGGAUCAAGAAAUAACGCUAUCUACAGUACUACUGCUGCUGUUGCAGCUGCUACUACUGCUGCAGCUACUACUACUACUUCUACUACUACUACUACUACUAACACUAAUAAUAAUAAUAAUAACAACAACUAUGAAAAUACCAAAAACAGCGUCAAUAAUAACAUCGUAACUGAUACUGCCGAUUCAGACGACAACGUCGCCACCACUGCUGCUACAAAUAAUAAUAAUAAUAAUAACAAUAAUAAUAAUUGUAAUUUCUACGAUUUCGUUUGUAACGAUGGUAAUGAUUUAUACACGAACGACGACGAUAAUGAUGGUCAUGAUGAUGAUGAUGGUCAUGUUGAUGAUGAUGAUGAUGAUGAUGACGAUCGCGAUGGCGUUGAUAAUGAUUGCGGUGAUAUUUUCGGCGGGAACUCUGAUUUCAAAAGAUGGCUCCUGAAUAGUGGUCUCAGCGUCGAUGAUGAUAGUAGUAAUAAUAAUAACAAUAAUAAUAAUAAUAAGAUGAAAGGCAGUCAAAAUAUACGAAAAAAUACUACAGUGAUGGCCCAAAGUCUGGUAGAUGUUCCAAAAAACAUGACUUUUGGCCUAAAUAACAACAACAACAUCAACAUCAUCAACAAUAAUAACAACAAUAAUAAUAACAACAAUAACGACAUUAUGAACAACAACAACUGCUACAACGAUAGAAACAAUAGUAGUCAUGUUAAUGACGACAGGCUGCUACCGCACUCAGCUGCAGCUUCAGCCACGGCCACAGCCACAACAUCAGCAGCCACGCUAAAAUUAUAUUGUUGCGGUGGCUGUUGUCGCAACGGCGAUAGCGUCCUUCACAGUUGCAACUCUUCCAUCUGCUCUGAAGAAAAUAUCUCAAACGUCAGUCUAGCCGGCUCCGAGACAAGAAAUCUCGACGAUGAGGACGCUGACGAUGACGAAGAUGAGUAUGAUGAUGAUGAUGGUGGUGGUGGUGAUGAUUGCAGAAAGGAUGGGGAUGGUGAAUGGAUGAAAGCAGGUGAUGAUGGAAAGAAGAAAAAGAAAAAAAGGAAGAUGAUGAAAGUGAUGAUGAGGAAGGAGGCUCUCUUUACGUCUGCAAGUUCGAGCGGCUGCCACAGCAUCACAGGCAACAGUUCCUGCGUCGUAUCUGACUCUGAAAGUCUCAACCUGACCCAGAAAACAAACCCUGACCUAUUUAGCAUCCAGAAUGAGGUCGCUGACCCGAUAAACUGCGAUCUUAUUGGCGGACCGAUAAGCAACGUUAUUCAUCAGUAUCACCACCGUCAUCAUCAUCGUCGUCGUCAUUGUGAUGAAAGUUUUAACGGAGUAGAUGAUAACGAUGAUGUGAAAAUUGACGAUGACGACGGCGAUAAUGUAGUAGCUACCACUGCCACUACUACCACUACUACUACUACUACUACUACUACUAUUGCUGCUGCUAACAAUUCAAAUGCGGCUAUAAUUAGUAACGUUACUACUAAAAAUAGCAACAACAAAAUCGUGGCUCGCGAAAAUAUGCUCGAUAGCAAUGUAGGCGGUUGCGAACUCGCCGAUGUCGCCGAUGACGUCACAAGAAAGUUUGAUGACGUCAUUAGGCUCGGUGAUUGUCUGGAUGAAAUUUCGAAUAAAUUCUCUGAAGAUGGUGAUGGAGGGGAUGAUUUCAAAGUUGUCCUGAGUAAGAGGAGGUCAAAAAUGGUCGUCAAACAACAUCAGCAGUGGCUGCAACAGCAGCCUCAGCAGCUGCAACAGCAGCCUCAGCAGCAUCGAUACUAUCACAAACAACAAUACAAGCGACAACAUCAUAAACAGCAGCAACAACAACAGCAACAGGGCAAUAAAAAUACGCGGAAGUUAUUGCCUGCAAUAGCCUCAUCAACAAAAACCCAACAUAUCAGUGACAUCUCGAAGACAAAUGAUUUGAAAAAUGACAAAAGCAGCAACACCAACAACAACAUCAAUAAAAGUUGUAAAAACAACGAAGAUGAUGGUGAUAAACUUACUCCUCCACAAAAACAACAUCAGCAACAACAACAACAACAACUGCAGCAACAUCAACUAAUAUCUUUUGGUUCAGGCUGCAAGGAUUUGGAUACUUUCCACAGCAGCAGCAACAACAACAAAAACAUUAACAAGAAUAGCAACAACAACAACAACAUCAACAAAAACCUCAGUUUCACUGCAAAACAACAACAUCAACAACCCAAAUCUCAACAACAGAAAUCGGUAGAUAGAAAGACCGAAUAUGGAAAAUUUAAUUUUAAACAAGCUCAACUUUUCCUUAUGAGAUCCUUUAAUGAAGGAAUGGAGAGGAUCAACAGCAGCGGCGACAGUAGCCGCAAGAGCAGCGGCGACAACAGCAUCAGUAAAGAAAUUAAAUUUUUCCAUCUAUCCAUCUGUCUAUCUAUAAAUCAUGAAUAUAUAAAUCAUGUUUCCUGGUUUUUUAAUAAAUUAAUAUUAUAUAUAUAUAUAUAUAUAUAUAUAUAUAUAUAUAUAUAUAUAUAUAUAUAUAUAUAUAUAUAUAUAUAUAUAUAUAUUUGGAUUGUUUAAUUAAUUAGUUAAUUGAAUGAAUGAAUGAAUUAGUGAAUUAAUUAAUGAAUUAAUUUGUUACAAUUUUGUCAUUAGCAUAUCACAAUUUUAUUCUGUUUGAAUUUUUCGUAAUAGCAAUUGUUAUAAUUGUAAUUAGAAUAAUAA